GAUCUGCUUAUAGAGAUAUUGAUUUCUCGUCACUGUUUCUGCAUAGUAGUUAUCAACAUCAGACAUGCAUUUGAUAUAGUUGAAACUGCUUGAUCAAACCACCUUUAUGAUUUGUUUGAAAGCUUCAGGGUGUUCAGUGAGUAUGCUUGAGCACUGACAUGGAGGAUACACCGAGGUUUUUGUACAACAUUGUGUUGUCAGUGGUAACGCUUCUUAUUAAAGACACUGCAGCAGUCAUCUGCUACAACCGGGCAGGUUCUGUCACAUGUCCUGUCAAGUGCUGUCCGGGCUCUGCCGCAGUGUCUUCCAUACUGGGCGUGUGCUGCAGCAGUACCGGCGGAAACAUGCUCCACACAGCGGACAACAUAGCAGGGGCAGUCAGCAAAGGAUUAAGCACCAUUUUCAUUAUCAUCAUCGUCGUAGCUGUCAUCAUCGUUUUGGGCAUCGUUGGGUGCAUCGUAUGUUGCGUUUGUGGUUGUAGCAAGCGAACCAAUGGUGCAAUUGUCGCCCCUGCCGGCAAUCAGCCUCAAGUGACGGUUGUGUCUGCGUCCGAACCUGCACAUCAAGGAAACCCAAGGCUGGAUCAAGGCCCACCCUAACCGAGGCUUCCUGGUUGCCUAGGAUUGUGAUUAACGUUCACAGCCAGAUUCUACACCUUCUGACUGUGUGGUCUGAAGCUUUGUGCCAUCUCGGUGUGAACAAACUCCAGAAUGCCUGUAUCUCACUGAAAUCAUUCCCUGUGUAAAACUAUUUGCUUGAUCGAUUUGUUUAAUGGUUGUCUUAAUUUGGAUUGUUCAUACGCUGUAUGUAUACACGUAUCGGUGUAGUGUUGGAACACAUUAUUUUGGUGGUUUAAACAUGGAGACGGGUGGCGGUUUGAUGUAUCCACCAACCAACCCCUCCGCUACCUCCACCCCCUCACGAUACACACGUCAGUAAAUGUUUCACCGCAAUAUGUAUGCACUUCCACUUUGUCAUACCAUCCAAAUAUUACUGUUCACAUCUUCGAUACAAAAUAGUGUGACUCGAAAUAUAAUUAGUUAGAUGUCGAUGUAAAAUCUCGGGCAAAUGAAAGUACGCACCCAUGUUUAUUGCAUUGGUGACUAAAAACCAACAAAGCAAGAAAUGUUUAUUCGAUGGUGACGUAUUGGAUACGGGUUGCAUAGUUCUGUUUUGGACCUGAAAUUUGCCGUGUUUCGGCGACUGUUUUCAGACAUGUAUCAUGAUUUUUGAUAAUGUUUGUAAUGUUAUGGUCAAAUCCAAUUUACAAGCGUAUACGUUCUUUUUUGUCCGUUAGUUUAUAAAAACAUAUGGUGAAAUGGCUUCUAUUUUCAACUCAAGUUCAUCUGGACUGUGGUUGCACCUCGUGUCUUCAUGGAAUAUAUGUACCCCUUAUGUGACACGGUUUGAAAUUUAAUAUAUUACGGCUACACUAUCUCAUUUCCAAACUACAUCUGAUUUAGAUCAUGAUUAGUUUUCCAAUAAGGUUCCACGGAAUUUGAAACAAAUGAUGGUAUGAUUACGGUCCGGUAGUCGUAUAGGGUCCCGCAGAAAUAUACCCUGGAAGACAUCGUCAUACAUGUUUAUUAGCUGACCACUGCAUGCCCUGACUGGGUGCCGCGAGCCGGAAUUAAUUUUAAAUGUAAAGUAUCGCAUGCUGCGGGAUUAGAUUUGUUUGAAAAUGGCGACUGCAGUGUCGAUAUAAAAGAUUUGAUUAAAACAUAUGAUUCUCCAACACGUACAGCCAUGAUUGAUGUGUCCGCGGUGUGACAUACCAGAAGUCUGGGAAGGAACCGGUUCGCUCACUGUUGAAUGGUGUGUAAUGAUAAAGUCGGAAUCGUAUCGGACUCCAGAGAUUUCUUAGGAUUCUGGAAAUGGUUUUGUCGCUUUCCUUUCAGUGCCGUAUGCACGCAGUGGCCAGAUAGUGUACAUGUCUUUGAUUUGAUUAUAACCAAGGUACAUGUCUGUUGUAGCCAAUCUGAGGACGGACUCUUCAGCUAGUUCUUUUGAGUUUCCAGUUGUCAGUUAAAUGUCAUGCUUCUGAAUGGGUUGACUGGAAUACUUUUAAUAAAGGAAUUCACUUUUUAUGUCAAAUAUGGCAGAUAUUUAGCCAUGUUCUGUCAUAUCACUGCAGAUUGCAUUACAACCGAUCGUGUCCUGGUUUAUUUAUUAUUGAAUUUUAAACAUUCUUUGAUACAAACUUUAUGAAUGACACCAUGUACAUACGUGCCUUUUUUGCUUUUAUCGCGAGUUUCUGAACAAUUAUACUAAUGAUGAUGAUGAUGAUGAUGAUGAUGGAGUGCAUGAUCAGUGGCAAGCCGUACAACCUCAGACACAGAAUGUAGUUCUUACAAUGCCAUUAUAAGUGCU